UCGUUUUGUACUUUAUGUUAGCUUUUUACGACUUGCCAAAAAUGAGACUGCUUAGCUGUAAACAACCUGCAAUAUAAACUUAUAUACGGAAAUUUUCAGAUGGAUGGGGCUAUUGAAAGUAGACUUUCGGGCAGUGCUAGAUCAAGAGAAAAGCGUCUUGAUAGUGCUGCUUCUUCAAAAGGUAAAGGAAAUGAAGAGUUACCCUCAGAAAAGGAUGUGGACUCUUUUGGGAAAACACCACUACACAUUGCCUGUACUUAUGGCCAGAUUUCUAUGGUGGAGCAAUUACUUAAGCAAAACCACAGUCCAGUUUCCAAGACAAAGACGGGUCGUACACCCCUCCAUGAAGUCUGUGUAGGAGGACACAAAGUUUGUCUCAGGACCCUGCUGCAGUACACACCGGAGGUCAAUAUUCGGGACAGGGAGGGCCAGACCCCAGCACAUGUAGCUGCUUUUAAUGGAGAGUUGGGAUGUAUCAAAAUGCUCCAAGACAAAGGAGCGAAUGUAAUAGCUGAGGACCAUCGGGGAAGACAAGUGGCACAUUUUGCAGCCAUGAGAAAUCACAAAAGAAUUCUACAAUUUCUGUUUGAUCAGGGCCUAGAUUUGGACUGUCGCUGUGAGAUGGGGAAAACUCCAGUACAUUAUGCUGCUCAGUAUGGUGCCCUGGAAUCUGUAAUUCUACUUGUUCAGAGGGACUGCGACAUAACCCUCACAGACAACAAUGGCUACCUGGCCUCUCACCAUGCAGCCAGACAUGACAAAUUGGAUUGUUUACGUUUCCUGGUCAAGCAGGGUUCAAAUAUAGAGGCCACCCAGGCUGAUGGAAAGUCCCCCUCCCAUGUGGCAGCACUCCAUGGAGCCAUUAAUGUGUUACACUGGUUAUUUGAGAAAGGAGCAGAUCCCAAUAAGCAGGACUAUUUUGGAAAUACUCCUGGACAUUAUGCUUCAGAGGGAGGACACCCAGAGUGCCUCAGUUGUUAUCUGUACCACGAAGGUGACAUUGAAAAUCAGAACAUCAAAGGAGACACACCACUGGAUUCAGCCAAAAAAGCAGGCCAUCCCUUAUUGAUGCAGAAAGCUGUUAACAAUGAGGUACCCUGUAAAACGUGUUUCCAAAAACACAAGAAGACGGAGUGGGAGAGACUUCAUCCACCAGCCAAUGUGGAGAGACAAAUCACUACAGCUAAAUCCGUGGCCUACAAAAAUCCACUGCCUAAAACGGAGAAAGCACCAACACAAUUGGAGAUUAAUUUGAAGAAGAGAGAGAAAAGACUGGAGAAGCUGAUGCCUAAGCCAACAGGACCCAAACGAGAUGUUUCAGUCCAGUAUUUUGGACAUUACUUAGAUCCCAAUGAAGUCUUUAAAUUCAAGGCAACCGAGGAGGCUAUAAGAUUCUAAAUCAUAUUACAGUUUGAUUUUUGUUGUGAAUUUAACUCAUAAAUAUGUGUUUAACAGUGUGGCGGGUGGGAAUGGUGCCCAAGAUGUUAAUGAAUUUCUGCAAUCAAUCAAUUUGUCUACAUUUAGUAGUAAAAAUCUAUUUCAUACAUAUUGAUUGAUUGAUUAUAUAUUGUUUAGCGUCCCACUAGAGAAUCUUUCACUCCUAUGGAGACGUCUAAGGGCUUAUUGUGAUAUCUAUUACAAUUUAUGAUAUUUUUUUAUUACAUUUAUUACAGCUAUUGCUAUUUUGUGAGGAUUCAAUUUUUUUUUUUUUACAACUAAGCAUGACAUGGUGUUGCCAUUUUAUGUAUUUUGACUUAAAAUUGCUAUUCACACAGUUUUUCCUCUAAAAAACAUGGGCACAGGCUUUGACAAACUUCAUAUUCAUACUAUAGAUAUUUCUUUUCAUUACAUUCAUAUGAUAGUAAAUUUUAUUUGUCCAAAGCUGUGUUCUGUGUUUCUUAGAAGUCAAACGUUUACAAAAAUAGCAUUUUUUACUUUAGUUUGGGUAAAAUUGAGAAAUUUAUGCUAUGAACAUUAAAUGACAUGCAAAUAUUUGUAAAUAUCAGUGACACAUAAUGUGAAUGAUCUAUUUUAGGGAAUAAAAGAUUUUAUCAUCCUU